UACCAAAACAGUAUAACACACUGGUUUUUUGUUUCUUAAGAAGUUCUUUGUAAUGUCAUUCACUCGCGUCGUGGUCGUUGUUGUAUUCCUUUAAAUUUAUUUCAAAAAGUUAAAUGGAUUCAAAACAGGUUUUAGUCCUAUGUUUAAUAAUUUGUUUUUCAAUAGAAAAAACAUAUGCAUUUUAUACAUUUAUUGCACCUAAAGAACAGCAACAACAAGCGUUGAGAGUGAGCAAAAUUAUGUACGACACUCUUUCAAUUACUGACGAUCAGUAUACAAUAGCUACUAAACAACCAAUCAUUAAGAAAGAGGAUGUAAGGGAUUUGAGGGAUUUUGAAAAACGUGUUGUUAAGCCUGUUAAGUCCGUUGGAAUUUCUGAUGAUGAACUUUUAGGUCUCAUCCGCCACUGGGUCAAUUAAUAAUGUGGAUUGUAAAAAUGCAUAUUUCGAAAUUGAUACACGUGAAGAAACCAUCGAAGACGAAUAAUAUUUUACUAUGUAUUUUUCAACAUUAUAAAAUAUGUAUUAUAUAAA